AUGGCAGAUAAACACAAUAUGGUUCCUCCUAACAAGAUCGUACAAGUUAGUUUUUGUUAAUUUUCAAAUUUAUCGACAACUUCAAAUUUUCAAGGUUCUUGUUGGUCAUGAAUCUCGAAAAUUAGAAAAGAAAACGAAAGAACAUCAUACACAUCGAUGGACAUUGUUUGUAAGGCCAGCAAAUACUGACUACAAGGAUUUUGCUGACAAUAAGUUCAUUUCGAAAGUUAAAUUCCAACUUCAUGAUAGUUUUCCGAAUCCCAUUCGAAGUGUGAGAGAGCCGCCAUUUUCUGUGAGCGAAACAGGUUAUGCUUCGUUUUCGACAGUUAUCAGUGUAUACAUGAAUUUGCCAAAUCAAAAAUCUCACAAAAUCAAGUAUGAGAUGCAUUUAUCACUGAGUAUGUUCAGACUAUUUUGAUCAUUCAAAAAUAUGUGUUACAGAUGAAAGAGGAUAUCACGAUGAGAUUCAGAAGUUGAUCUUAACACCCGAAGUACCUCCAUUUUUUCUUGAUCUUAUGAAUAAAUAUAACUUGAAGAAAAAAGCGAAAAGGAAAAGUUCAAUUGCAAUCGAAGAACCGAUUCAACCAGAAAAGAAACCGAAAAAGGAACGAGAUCGCAAUGAAGAUUCUUCAAAAUCCAAAAAUAAAGAAAGAAAGGUAUAUUGUCAUUCCGAAAAAAUAAGAACUUGAAAGAGAACCGAAAUGGCCUAGGACACCAAGACUACAGUAGACUUCGCAAAAUUUUGGAGUCUAUUUGAAAAAUAAAAUGCGAAAUUUACACGUUGGCUAUUUGCCAACCAGUUUGAUGUGCAUGUGUCACGUCAUUUUUAGUCUACUGUACGUGAGCGCCAAUUCGAACGGGGGUUCUUUUAUUUUCGGAAUGACAAUAAUUGUUUUAUUUUUCUUUGCACUCAUUCAUUCAAAGAUUGUUCAGACAUCAAGUUCUCCUCGCGAAAUCAAAAAAGAACGAGAAAUAAAGAAAGAAUUAACACCGAUUCCUGAAAAAGCAAGACCGUCGAACUCAAAAACACACGUUGCUCCAUCGAAAACAUUCCCAAGAAAAGAAAAGGUAUUUUUUUUUAGCUAAUAUCUUUUUGAUAACACAAAAAAUUAAGGAUUCUGCACUAAGUUCUCCUACAAGUUCACACACUUCUCCAACAGAAGUUACUCGAGAAAAUGCCGAAGAAAUAACAAAGAAAAUAUUGGCAAUAAGUGAUACUCGAGUUAUGUAUAAGUAAGUUCAAAUUGUCUCUAACUAUAAAUUUUAUAUUUUCCAGAGUAAGUGAGAUGCUUUUGAGCUUGUCCCAUGGUAAAUUGAAUGCCACAACACUUGCACUGUCUUUUGAUUUGUCAAAAGCCUCAUCAUCAACUUUACUCGAACUAUCCAAACUUUUAACAGCAUCCAGUAGUAUUUCAUCGGCCUAA